UCUAUUGUUUGUUUAUUUCGCGCUUGGCCUGAAGAGUUAUCAGUUUUCAGUUCUCUUACCGGCAUUUGAAGACUCACUUUUCUAUCAAGUGAUUUUAAAUUUUUAAAAACUCCCUCUCAUCCAUAACCAUGAGCAAUUCGGCCGGUAUGUUGUACGGUGGUGACGAAAUAGGUGCGUUAGUUUUUGAUGUUGGGUCUCAGUCCUUACGAGUCGGCUAUGCUCAAGAAGACACUCCGAAGGCUGAAAUUGCAGCUGUUGUGGGGGUUGGCACCGACGCAAAUCAAGUUGCUGAACCAAUGGAUGUUGACAAGAAACCAGAUACCCAAAACAUCAACACCAGCACUGAAAACACAAAGUAUUAUGUCGACACAACUGUGUUGCAUGCUGCCCGCAAAGGCGUUGAGGUUCAAAGCUACAUGAAAGAUGGCAUGAUCGAAAACUGGGAUCUUUUUGAAAAGGUUUUAGAUUAUACUUAUUCUAAGUGCAUUCAAUCUGAUUCUGAGUAUCAUCCGGUUCUAAUGUCGGAAUCUCCGUGGAAUACCCGAACUAAAAGAGAGAAACUCACUGAACUGAUGUUUGAGAAGUACAAUGUUCCAGCCUUUUUCUUGGUCAAGAAUGCUGUUUUAGCUGCUUUUGCCAACGGCAGAGCUACUGCCUUAGUUGUUGACAGUGGUGCGACACAUACGUCAGCCAUACCUGUUCAUGAUGGCUAUGUGUUAUCGCACUCUAUCGUUAAAUCUCCUCUUGGUGGCGAUUACAUCUCCAUGCAGUGUAAACAACUCCUUCAAGGUAUGGAUAUUGAAAUUAUUCCUUCCUAUUUGAUUGGAGGAAAAGAACAAGUGAAGGAAAAAGAGAAACCCAAGUGGACCAGAAAACGGAAUUUACCAGAAGUUACUACUUCUUGGCAUGAUUACAUGGUGAAAAAGGUAUUGCAAGACUAUCAACAAAGUGUUUUACAAAUCUCAGAAGUUCCUUAUGAUGAAAAACAAGUAUCGUCUCUACCUGCGUACCACUAUGAAUUUCCAAAUGGUUAUCAUCAAGAUUUUGGUAGUGAGCGUUUUAGAAUUCCGGAAGUCCUUUUUGACCCUAGUAUGGCUUUAAUGGGCAACACAAUGCUCGGUGCAGGACACAUAGUAACAACCAGUGUUGGAAUGUGUGAUGUGGAUAUUCGCCCAGCUCUGUACAGCAGUGUUGUGAUCACAGGUGGGAACUCUUUCAUACAAGGUUUUCCUGAACGUCUCAAUAGGGAUCUCUCCGUUCGAAUUCCUGCAAGUAUGCGUUUGAAGUUGAUCUCUGCCAACGGGUCAUCUGAGCGACGGUUUGGAGCUUGGAUCGGUGGCUCUAUUUUAGCUUCCAUUGGCACCUUCCAACAAAUGUGGAUCAGCAGUCAGGAGUAUGAAGAAGCUGGCAAAAGCCAGAUUGACAGGAAAUGUCCAUAAUUGCAUUUCACUAUGUGCCAGAUCAACGGAGAAUGAUCAUUGCUUGAUGUCUGAUUUUUACAUAAUUUUUAACUGUGACAUAAUUUUUGAACUACACAGCAAACAAUGAUCAUCAUGGAAUGCAAGUUGAUCUAUGAAUUGAUUCAAUUUUUAAAUGUACCUUAAAUUCUUUUUGCACAUAUUUUGUAUUCAGUAUUUUUUCUUAUUUUGUUGGAUUUUGUUUGUAAAUUUGUAAGUAAAUUAGCUAGUGGACUUUUUUAAGAUGUGAUUAAGUAGCUAUGGACAAAGGAUGCUGCUGGCGUUGGGCUAUGCAAUUUGAUUAAGAUUUUGUUCUAAAUUUCCACUGAUCUACGUACUAAAUUUCAAUUGGCCCACCCCAACUCAGUCAGUCUUUUUGUUAGUCCGUAUUUUAUGUUCUGAGUAUGACAAUUUCAGAAUAUUAGGAACUAAUUUUGUUUCCCUCGGAGAUUCUAAAAUCUAUAUUUGAGUUUUUUUAUGGAUAAUUUUAUUGGAUUACUUUUUCCGAUCAAGGAAGACGGUGAACUUCUUUCUGAGAGAAGCAUUGAAAUUUAACUUCUUGACUGUCAAGAAAGGAUAUCGGUGGUGAAACUGCAAAAACGCAUGUAUUGAUUGCGCUGUUGCAAAAUUUCUGAUCUUAUUUUAUUUUUAAAGGAGACAGAACCAACAUCAUGGCUUAAAAUUUUUCCAGAAUAUUCUUCCAUCAGUGAUGAAAAAUCACUAAAGUUUUAAAAGAUGACGUUGAGUAGUUCUCUAUUUAGAAAAUAAAGUAUGACAGAAAGUCUGAAACGCAGCAAACUGAGAUAAGCGUUUCUGCAGUUUCAUCAUUAAUAUGUUCGAAAAUUAUCAGAAGAUGAAUAUUUGGGGUUGCUGACAUAAUUAAUAUUUAAUAAUGAAUGUUUGAUCUUGGAGUAUGAUGAAGCAUUUCAUAAUUAUCAUUUGUUGUAAGUAGAACGUAACAAGUAUGAAUCGGCUGCAUUAGAUGUUUCAAUAAUCUAUUUUAAUUUUAGAAUAAAAGCUGUCAAAUAGCUGUGACAAAACUGUAAAAAUAGUGUAGUCGCAAAAAAGUGUCUGUCAAAAGAAAUAUAAUGACAAAACCCUGAUGCUUUAAAAAGAACAGGAUAGUCUGUUCAUCUUCUAAUGAUUCAUCUCGUCCAAAUGGGACUCAAUGAAAAUCGUAUAUAAGUCAUCUCUGUUAUGUUUCGUCUUUCAAAUUCUCAACUAUUUAUAUCGAUUCAGGUUUGAUAAGUGAGCCUCAUCCUUGUUAGAGUUUGAAAACUCAAAGUGUAUUACCGUAAACUUUAAUGUAAUCCAAUAGGGUAACCUAAAACAAAAAUGGAUGUUUGCAUACUUUUCUUACUCAGUGAAUUGAAUCAAUUCGUCAUUGAUAAUGAACUGUAGUCGCAUGAAACUGUGCUCAUUGUUCAGUCCACUCUGCGAUUCGCAUUCAAUACUAUCAAUCAUGAACAGGUCACAUCGUCAAAACCUGUAUAUUUUAAAAAACUCACCUGAGCUCAGAGAAAUUCACACUGGAAAAUCUUUGCAUUGUCCAUAUAAAUGGAAUUAUUUUUAACUACUUAGAAUCAGCCAUCGACUCAAUUGACAACAUGAGCACUCGCAUUCAGACCAGGUUACUCUUCAGCCUAGUUUUGUCUUUUUUGUAAAAAUAAUUUUGUCAGGGAGAAAAUAUGUGAUUUUUAAAUAAUCUUUUACUUAAAUUGUAAAAUUCUAAUAAAAAUGUCAAGAUCUCUUACUUA